CGAACUACCGUUGCGGUUGUUAUUGAACCGAAAAAUACGACUGUAUUUCGUUAUCAGAACAGGCCCGUUUCUUACGGACAUUUUGAACUGUACUUUUAUAGCAUCUUAGAGGCACAAAAACUUGCUUCAUUCUUUGUGGAAAAACAAUCUGAAUGUCCAUUCGAAUGCGUCAAUGAUCUGAAAUGUUAUUCGUGCAACAUAGCUGUUUAUCCUGUUUCGAAAGGACACCUUUGCGAACUACUGACCACGGACAAGUACAGGGCAAAAGCGAAGUUUCACGCUAAUGCCUCAUUUCAUCAUUACAGUCUUUUGGUGAGUUCAGUUACCUGAUUUCACGUAACACUAUCGCUCUUUUUGUUAUUUUUACUAUGUAAGGCACACUUAAGUUCGAUAAUCUUUCGCUUCCUUGAAACAAAAAUACAAAUGAUCAAAAAAUAAAUAUUUGUCUUAAGUUCAAAACCCUGAUUUUCAAUAUGAUGUUAGUUCAAUGCGAAAAUAGUAAGGUGGCGUGAAUCUGUAUUGAUUAUUUUGUGGUACCGUUUUGUAAAAUAAACUUGAAAAAUGAAGAACUAAGCCGCCCAUGGAAUAACUGCAAAAACACUCAUUUUAUUUGUAAUCGGCCACUCUGUUAAAAAUCACUGAAGGGUUUUCCGACUAUAUCCGUUUUUUUUUUUCUGAUUGUUCAAUAACGUAAAUGUCUUUGCUUAGGGCGAUUUGUGUUGAAAAAAAAAUGUCAUGUUUAUAUUUUGAUAUGUUUAGUUUUUAGUGAAAAUACUUGUUGUUUUCUUCGGCAUUUUAUCGACUCACAGCAUGACUGAGCCUUAAGUAAUUUUCUUUAUUCAUAGAAGCAGAAAGAAAUCAUGUUUAUAAUUGAGCUGAUGGAGAUCAACAUCAUAUCUCGGACUAAUUGCUUUGCCUUGGAGAGUCUGAGUGCUGUUUAAGCCAUCAUCCUUAAAACGGCCAAAGCGUUUAGUUCUUGGCGUAAGAUUGGAAGACAUUUUCGCCGUUGGUCUUGUAAAAAGUACUCCGCGAAAGACAACACUGUGUCAUUUUGAAAGCGGCACCAUCGAUCGCUUUUUUAGCGUGGCUUUAGGUAAAGGAUGUUGCAGAGUACAUCGGCCUCAUUCCAAGAAUAAACUCGCCCGAAGUUAUCGAGUUGAACUAUUAUCUUAUUUAAUUUGCAAACGUAAAUUUGUGUACUUACUGAUAUCUCUUCCCAUAAAACAGUAUUUUUUAACCUGGUUGCUUUUCUUCCUAAUUCAGACCCCUUGCAGACAAAAGCCUUGUGGGGACAAUGGUGACUGUUUCCCUGACUUUCGCCUUAACACUUACAGCUGCAAAUGUCAUCCGGGUUUUGCUGGAAUUUACUGUGAACGACGAGGUAACAAAUGA